CACGUAAAAAAAAUUUUAGACACCAAUAUAAUACUAUUUUUUUUUCUUUCUCUUUUCGUACGCAAUUAAUAUUUUUCAAUCUGAUCAUUUCAUACCCAACGCACGCCAACCACUACUUUAUAUAUAUAUACAUAAAUAUCACCCAUUCAUAUAACAUAUAUAUCUUUAAUUAAACAAAAACACAAAAACAAAAACAAAUGGAUCAAAUUCAAGAUCCAUUCCUUUACGGAUCACUCUCCUUUAUCACCAUAAUCAUCCUAAUUUUCUUCAUCAAAACCAAAAACAAAAAACACUACAAAAAUCUACCACCAUCACCACCCUCAUACCCCAUAAUAGGCCAUCUUCACCUCCUCAAGCCACGUGUCCACAGAAUAUUCCAUUCUCUCUCGGCCAAAUACGGCGACGUUUUCACUCUUUGGUUCGGUUCGCGCCGCGUGGUUGUCGUAUCGUCCCCGUCGGCAGUAGAAGAAUGUUUCACCAAAAACGACAUCGUUUUAGCCAAUCGUCCUCCACUACUAAUGGGCAAACACAUAAGCUACAACUACACAACCAUAGUGGCCGCCCCAUACGGCGACCACUGGCGAAAUCUUCGCAGGAUCGGCGCCGUGGAGAUCUUCUCCACGGCCCGUCUCAAUCUCUUACUCAACAUCCGUAAAGACGAGAUCGACCGGUUACUUCGAAAGAUAAACCGUUCGAUCUCGUCUAGUACUGAUCGAGCGGUUGAGAUGAAAUCGAUGUUGACUGAGCUGACUUUCAACAUCGUGAUGAGAAUGAUGGCGGGGAAACGUUACUACGGUGAUGACGUCACUGAUGACGUGGAAGCCCGGAAGUUUCGGGAAAUUAUGAAAGCCGUUUUUGAAAACGGCGGAGCUGGGAAUCAGGCUGAUUUUUUGCCGAUUUUGAAUUGGGUUCCGAAUAGUUAUGAGAAGAGAAUUGAGAAGCUUGCGAAGAAGACUGACUCGUUUUUACAGGGUUUGAUCGAUGAGCAUCGGAAUCGGAAAGAUGAUGAUGAUGAUCAGAAUAGUAAUCUUGAUCGGAAUACUAUGAUUGAUCAUUUACUCACUCUUCAACAGUCUCAACCUGAAUAUUACACUGAUCAAAUUAUCAAAGGCUUCGUACUGAUAUUACUAUUGGCAGGAACUGAUACAUCAGCCGUGACACUAGAAUGGACAAUGUCUAAUCUGCUAAAUCAUCCUCAUGUCUUACAAAAACUCAAAGAUGAACUCGACUCUCAAAUUGGUCAACAACAAUUAGUAGACGAAUCAGAUCUCUCUAAACUACCUUACCUUCAAAAUGUUAUUUCCGAAACCCUAAGAUUAUACCCUGCAGCUCCACUCCUUGUGCCACACUAUUCCUCCAAUGAUUGCACCAUUAGUGGAUUUGACGUGCCACGUGACACGAUUGUAUUGGUUAAUGCAUGGGCUAUACAUAGAGACCCUAAAUUAUGGGAAGAUGCAGAAAUUUUCAAGCCAGAAAGAUUUGAAAAUAUUGGUAAAGGUAGUGAGAAUGGUGAAGGGUAUAAACUAAUGCCAUUUGGGCUUGGAAGAAGGUCUUGUCCUGGUAUUGGGCUGGCCCAACGUGUAGUGGGCCUUACAUUGGGGUCAUUGAUCCAAUGUUUUGAGUGGGAGAGAGUUAGUGAGGAGAAAAUAGAUAUGAGUGAAAAUAAAGGACUCACUAUGCCUAAAUUAGUGCCAUUGGAGGCUUUGUGUAAGCCACGUCCUAUUAUGGAUGUUCUCUUUUCAUAAAUGUAAAAUUUGUUAAAACCUAAUUAUGUAGUGAUUAGGUAUACUAUUGUGAAAAUGAAAUUGGGAAAUGAAUAUUUACUUAAAUACUUUAAUUUUAAA